ACCUUCCAAAUUUGCAACAGUAGUAGAAUCUCAACUUUCUUCCCUCUUUUGGCCCUUCUUCCUCCCUCUCUCUCUCCUCCUUGCUCUUCUUCUCUCUUCCCCAUUUCAACUUUCUUAGAUCUUCAAACCCAAUCCAAUCUCUCAAAAAAAUCAUCAAAUAAUUAUUAACAAUCCUUCAAUCCCUGUGUUUUUCAAGACAUUUUUCUCAAAAGAUCACUUUUUUAUACCUUUUCUUGAUUGAUUUGGUUUAGUCAAGGUUCUUGAUUUGAUCAUAUAUUGAGAGGUUGUUAAAAGGGGUUGAUCCUUUCAUCAUAUAAAGAAGUGGGUGGUCAAUGGGUUUGAGUCGUGGAGACAGCCUCUUGCAGAAACGGACGGUUUGUGCUUAAAAAGUCCGCAACAAGAAGCAGGGAAAGUGGGAAGUGGCAAGUACGGGGCAUUAGACGAGCAACAGCUGAUUGGUUUUGUAUUUAAAAGCUGUCCGUUUAGAGGGCUGAAUAAGAUAGGAAACAGUUAGUAGUGCCGCGGCUGGAAGAAGUUGUAGUACAUGGUUAAUAGAAAGUCCUUGUUCUAAAUUACCUCGUCCUUCUUUGCCUUCAUAUACAACUUUUAUCAUCCUGUCCGUUUCGACUUUUGUCUUACAUAUGCUUGUAUUGCCUCGCAAGUUUCCUUGAGGGCCUUCUGCCUAUUUGUGCUUUAAAUUUCUUGUUUUUGGUGUUUAGCCACGAAAUAAGCGAAUAUGAUGUUGUAGCUUCCAUUUCACCACAAAGAAGAUGGCGUUCCGUUCCGAGGAAGCACAAACAGAAGAUUACCUUUUCAAGAUUGUUUUGAUUGGUGAUUCAGCUGUUGGGAAAUCAAAUUUGCUCGCUAGAUUUGCUCGUGAUGAAUUCUAUCCCAACUCAAAAUCAACGAUAGGAGUAGAGUUCCAGACUCAAAAGCUGGACAUAAAUGGGAAAGAGGUGAAAGCGCAGAUAUGGGACACAGCAGGUCAAGAACGGUUUAGGGCUGUAACUUCUGCAUAUUACCGAGGCGCAGUUGGAGCUCUUCUGGUUUAUGAUAUUAGUAGACGCCUGACUUUUGAAAAUAUUGGUCGAUGGCUUAAUGAACUUCAGACUCAUUCUGACAUGAACGUGGUUACAAUACUCGUUGGCAAUAAAUCUGAUCUGAAAGAUGCGAGGGAGGUGACAACAGCUGAAGGCAAAUCCUUAGCCGAGGCACAAGGUCUAUUCUUUAUCGAAACAUCAGCUUUGGAUUCUUCAAAUGUAGCUGUAGCUUUUCAAACAGUUCUUAAAGAGAUCUAUAAUAUCUUGAGCCGGAAAGUCAUGCAAUCGCAAGAACUCCAAAAAAAAGAUUCCGGUAGGCUGGCAAAUGGAAAAACUGUCGUUUUGAAAGCUGACGAUAACCAAGAAGCAGCAGAUACACAAGCGAAGAAAGCCGGAUGCUGUUCAUCGUAGAUUUCGGAGGAUAAUUCUUGUUAUAAACAACAUCUUCUACCUUGUUGUAAUUCAAUGUGUUGUUGUUUUGAAACAUUAUGGGAGAAAACAAACUUUCCAUUAGAAAAAAAAAAUGUAAAUUACCCAAAGUGGAGAAGAACUAUUUUUUGAUC